AAUGUCGUCAGAAUACUUUAUCGCCGCCGGCGCGUCAAAGUACGUUCCCGUCCAGUUUCCGCCAGAAAAGUCUUCAUUUGCCGAACCGGUGAGAGUUUUCGAAGAACUUCCCGAAGCCACAAUUGUGUCGGUGUCUAGACCCGAUGCCAGCGACUUUAGUCCUCUGCAAUUGUCUUAUACCAUUGAACUCCAAUACAAGCAGUUUAAGUGGCGCUUAGUCAAGAAAGCUUCACAAGUUAUCUAUUUACAUUUUGCAUUGAAGAAACGGGCAAUAAUUGAGGAGUUCCAUGAGAAACAAGAGCAGGUAAAAGAAUGGCUUCACAACAUUGGAAUAGGAGAUCAGACAGCAGUUAUGCAUGACCAUGAUGAACCUGAUGAUGGAGCUGUUCCCAUAAAUCAUGAAAAUAGUGCAAAGAAUAGGUAUGUUCCAUCUAGGGCAGCUUUCCCCAUCAUUCGUCCAGCACUAGGGCCACAGCAGACUAUUUCAGGAAAUGCAAAACUUGCAAUGCAAGGGUAUCUGAAUCACUUCUUGGGUGACAUGAAUAUUGUAAAUUCUCGGGAGGUAUGCAAGUUUCUGGAGGCCUCUAAGUUGUCCUUUUUAGCAGAAUAUGGCCCAAAGUUAAAGGAGGGUUAUGUAAUGGUUAAGCAUCUUGCAAAAAUUCCGCAGGACAAUGAAUGCCAUGUAUGUCGCUGUUUUGACUGUUUUAACAAGAGUUGGCAAAAGGUUUGGGCUGUAUUGAAACCAGGGUUCUUGGCCUUACUAGAUGACCCUUUGGUUAUGAACCUUUUAGAUGUAAUCAUUUUUGACGUGCUGCCAGUUUCAAAUAAAGAGGGAAAGGACCCUGUACGUUUGGCAGAGGAGAUGAAGGAACGCAAUCCUUUAUGCUAUUCACUCAAGGUUUCUUGUGGAAACAGAAGCAUAAAGUUAAGAACCUCAAGUAAUGCUAAGGCCAAAGAAUGGGUUUCUUCAAUCAAUGAUGCUGCCUUAAAACCCCCUGAGGGUUGGUGCCGUCCUCACCGCUUUAAUUCUUUUGCUCCUCCUAGAGGUUUGUUGGAAGAUGGCAGUGAAGCUCAAUGGUUUGUAGAUGGACGGGCAGCAUUUGAAGCAAUUGCUUCUACUAUAGAGACUGCAAAAUCAGAGAUUUACAUAACUGGAUGGUGGCUUUGCCCAGAACUGUAUUUGCGUAGACCUUUUCACAGUCACAGUUCCUCUAGGCUUGAUGCUUUACUUGAAACAAAAGCCAGGCAAGGGGUCCAGAUUUAUAUUCUUCUGUACAAAGAGGUUUCUCUGGCUUUGAAAAUUAACAGUUUGUACAGUAAGAGGAGGUUGCUUAACAUUCAUGAGAAUGUGAAAGUAUUGCGUUAUCCGGACCGCUUCCCCACUGGCAUUUACUUAUGGUCACACCAUGAGAAACUUGUCAUUGUUGAUUACCGGAUUUGCUUUAUUGGUGGGUUAGAUCUAUGCUUUGGCCGUUAUGACACAACUGACCAUAAAGUGGAUGACUACCCUCCUUCUUUAUGGCCUGGGAAGGACUACUAUAACCCAAGAGAAUCUGAACCAAAUUCCUGGGAAGACACCUUGAAAGAUGAACUGGAUCGCAGGAAAUUUCCUCGCAUGCCUUGGCAUGAUGUCCAUUGUGCCCUUUGGGGACCUGCCUGUCGAGAUAUUGCUAGACACUUUGUUCAGCGGUGGAAUCAUGCUAAGAGAAAUAAAGCGCCAAAUGAACAAACAAUUCCGCUGCUUAUGCCACACCACCACAUGGUGCUCCCACAUUACAUGGGAAGAAGCAGGGAGAUAAAUAUCGAGAGCAAUGAAGAAGCGCGGCAGGACAUAAGUAGACAGGAUUCAUUUUCCUCGGGUUCACCAUUGAUAGAUAUUCCAUUGCUUUUGCCCCCUGAAGCUGAUAAAUUAGACACUUGCAAUGUAAAUACUAAUUUAGAUGACCUGGACAAGCACCAGUAUCAACAGAAUCUUCAUUCAUUAAGCAGGAUUGGUCAAAAUCUCAGAGUCCCCACCCAAAAAUCCAAAGUCGAACCCUCAACUCCAGACAGGCAGAUGAAAGGUUUUAUAGAUGACGUUGACCUCAUUAAUUUUCAAUCUGAAAUGAAUAUGAAUGAGUUGGCCCAUUCUGAAAUGCAAAAUUUGGAUGACUGGUGGGAAUCACAAGAGCGCAUAUAUCAUGAUGUUUCAACUGAUCAACCUGCACAAGUUGGUCCUUGCACCCCAUGCCAGUGUCAGGUUGUCAGGAGUGUCAGUCAGUGGUCUGCUGGAACCCAUCAAAGUGAAUACAGCAUUCAUAGUGCGUACUGUUCUCUCAUUGAGAAAGCAGAGCACUUCAUCUACAUUGAGAAUCAAUUUUUUAUUUCAGGCCUUUUGGGAGAUGAAAUUAUACAGAAUCGUGUCCUUGAAGCCUUAUACAAGCGCAUCUUGCGAGCUCACAAAGAGGAAAAAUGUUUCAGGGUUAUUAUUGUCUUACCACUAAUGCCUGGUUUCCAGGGGGGUCUGGAUGAUGGAGGUGCAGCAACUGUGAGGGCAAUAAUGCAUUGGCAGUACCGUACCAUUUGUAGAGGCAAAAACUCAAUAUUGCACAAUCUUCUUGCAUUGCUGGGUCCAAAGGCAAAUGAUUAUAUUUCUUUCUACGGUCUUAGGACAUAUGGCACACUCUCUGAUGGAGGUCAGGCUGUCACAAGUCAGGUAUAUGUUCAUAGCAAAUUGAUGAUAAUUGACGACCGUACUACCCUGCUGGGAUCAUCCAAUAUAAACGAUAGGAGUUUGCUUGGAUCACGAGACUCUGAGAUUGGUUUAGUUAUUGAAGAUAAAGAGUUUAUUGAAUCAUCAAUGAACGGGAACCCAUGGAUGGCUGGAAAUUUUGCUUCAAGUCUCCGGCUUUCCCUAUGGUCAGAGCACCUUGGUCUUCGUGCGGGAGAGAUUAAUCAAAUCAGAGACCCCAUAGCUGACUCUACUUACAAAGAUUUAUGGUUAGAUACUGCAAAGAUGCAAUCAAGUAUUACUCUUUCAAGAAAGCAAACCCUAUUUUCUUCAGCUUUUGAGUUGGAAAUGGGUCUGGUCCCGAAGGGCAGAAGUUAUUACCCACAGAACCUUCAUCCGGUUGAAAUUGCUUUGGUGAAGAUGUCAUACAACACUAUCUUCCCUUUCUAUUUCCACCCCUUUCUUUUUCUCUCUAAAAGGCUGACCCCAUUGCAUGACGCUUUCCGUCUUGCACUGUUUUAAAACUUAAACCCGGGACUUUUUUGGUUUCAAAGGAGCACCUUAUCUUUGCUAUCAAGGAUGGCCCUCUCUUUUUCUCUCUAUGAUUUUUUUAUACGGCAGUUCUCUCUUUAUGAUUUAUAUUUAUACCUCUAUAACUACAUGGGGAAGAUGAAGAAGAUGCCAAUUCUCUGACAUGUUUGUAUGAAUUCAGAAAGGCCAAAACAAAUAAAGUUACACAAACAUUUGCUUAUAUUUUUCAAAACUUAUCCAGUAGCUCAUCUGACAUAUGCAAUAUUUCGAUGGCAUUCCACUUCUCUAUGUAAGUUUGGUUUCGGUAGUUAAAGGAUUAUGGUUGAAAUAUGGUUACCAAAACUACAAGGUUUCUUGAAUCUUGCACACAUGUAGGGAACAGAGGACCGGUGGUGUUGUGGAAUUGAUAUCAUAUUUCUUUAUACAGAGAAAAACUUCUCCCAGAAGGUAUAGCCUAUACAUAAACCUCUGGGCAUUCCACUAGGUUAAUCCUAUACGACCACAUGCCAAAGGAUAUCUGAUUGGUGAUCAAAAGUUGUUUAUUACCAAUGAUCAACUAACGAAUUGUUGUUGACUGCUGUUGUGUUGAUUUCUAUCCGUGCU